AUGAUUGUAAUUCACUGGGCUGUUGCCGCAAAUUAUGAUGAUGAUGGUGAUGAUGAUGCUGCUGCUGCUGUUGCUGUUGCUGUUGCUGUUGCUGUUGCUGCUGAUGAUGAUGAUAUUCAGGGUGACGAUGAGUCGUCGCCGACGAUCAACGUUGUAUCAAUCAGAUGGAUGGACGGACGAGUCGUCUGCAGUGCACAGCAGCACAAUACCAAUUGGUCAUCGAUGUUUGCUGCUCGACAAUAA